AUGCCAGGAAACUUUAACAACCAGAAGACUCAAUUUGUUGUGGGCGAUUUUAACUGUCACAGCACCACCUGGGGAUAUGGCGAAACAGACUCCAAUGGUCAAUUGCUGGAGCAAUGGGCUGAGGCUACCAGCCCCUCACUUCUCCACGAUCCCAAGCUCCCUUGCUCUUUCAACAGCAAAAUUUGGAAGCGAGGUUAUAACCCCGAUAAUUGCUUUGUCAGUAGGAACAUCCAUGACACCUGCUGCAAAAAUGUAUAUAAUGCAAUUCCAAAGACACAACACCGACCUAUCGGAAUCCAAGUCUACUCUACAAUCAAAACAACCAAAAUAUCUUUCCGUAGGAGAUUCAACUUUAUGAAAGCCAGGUGGCCAGAAUACUCCCAAGUGCUGGAUGAGGAAAUAACCAAUUUGGCCCCAACACCAAGCAACUACCACAUCUUUGUUGAGUCCCUGCGAAAGAUAUCCAGACGAUAUAUUCCUAGGGGCUGCAGACAACAUUACAUUCCAGGGCUCUCGAAUGCCUCAAGGGACACCCUGGAGCAGUACGAACAAUUGUUUGCGAAAGAUCCAUUCAGCGAUCAAACCAUCACCUGCGAAACAGCUUUAAUGACAGCUCUCAGCGAGGCACGUGAGAAGAAAUGGAUAGAAACCCUGGAUAGAAUGGGCAUGUCUCAUAGUAGUAAAAUAGCUUGGAAUCUAAUCAAGAAACUGGAUGGUGACCCAAAACUAAGCAAGGCCCCUUCCAAUGUAACACCCAAUCAAGUGGCCAACCAACUCCUUCUAAAUGGCAAAUUCAACUCGAAACGCCAGAAAACCAAAAUCAAACGCCUAAUACCAACUGAAAACACCAACUUUCAGAAAUCAUUUACCAUGAAAAAGUUGAACAAUGGUAUAAAUACCAUGAAGAAUGGAAAAGCCGCUGUGAUUGACGAUGUAUGCGUGGAACAGAUCAAAAAUUUCGGUCCUGGAACCAAAAAAUGGAUACUUAAACUUUUCAACCUCUACGAAAGACUAAUCCUCUACAGAAUAGAGAAGACCGUCGAUUCAAAGCUGAUUCCACAACAGGCAGGAUUCAGACCUGGAAAGUCCUGCACCAGUCAAAUCCUCGCAUUGACAGAACAUAUCGAGGAGGGUUUUGAGAAUAAACACAUCACAGGGCUGGCCCUAGUCGACCUAAGUUCCGCCUAUGACACGGUAAACCACAAGAUAUUACUGCAUAAAGCCAAUGAGACUUUGAAAGAGUACCACCUAGUCAAGAUACUCGAAUCCUUGCUCCAAAACAGGCAGUUUUUCGUGACGCUCAAGGGCAAAAAGAGUCGAUGGCGAAACCAGAAUAAUGGGUUGGCACAAGGGAGCGUGCUGGCACCAAUUCUUUUCAACAUAUAUACAAAUGACCAACCUAUUCCAGAUAACACUAUAACCUUUGCAUAUGCAGAUGACCUAGCAAUAACAGUUGAAGGCAAAGGGUUCGAAGAUAUCGAGGAGAAACUAGAAAGCGCCCUAAAAACAAUGUCAACCUAUUACAAAAAGAAUUCUUUAAAACCCAACCCCACCAAAACUAAAGUGAGUGCAUUCCGCCUUAAUUCGAGACAGGCGACCCGCAGACUUAAUGUUACAUGGGACGGUACACAACUAGAACACACAGAUAAACCUACCUAUCUUGGCGUCGUGCUGGACAGAACAUUGACUUACAAAUAUCACUGCGAAAAAACACGUAAAAAAGUAGAAGCACGAAAUUCCCUUAUAAGGAAGCUGACCAAUAGUAAAUGGGGAGCCAAACCUACUGUGGUCAGAACUUCUGCUCAAGCUCUGUGUUUUUCAACUGCAGAAUAUGCCUGCCCAGUGUGGUGUAGAUCUGUCCAUGCAAAAAAGUUGAACAUCAGUCUGUAUGAAACAUGCAGAAUAGUGACAGGUUGUAUGAAACCUACCCCCUUAGAAAACCUUUACAAGGCCGCAGGUUUUACAAGCCCCGAUUUACGCAGAAAAGCUCAUGAACAUACUGAGAAGUUAAAACAAACCUUUGAUGCUCGUCACUCAAUUUUUGGCCAAGAGUGCGGCACAGGUAGACUUAAAUCCAGACGCCGUUUCCUAAGCCACCCCCUGGAUGAACCUCCCUCCCUCUACCCCUUAGAGAGGACCCACCAAAUGGUGUUUCUAGCGACUGGAAAACCUGGAGAAUGCUCAACCGAAUCAGAACUGGGGUGGCCCCAGUAA